UAGUAGUAGUGUUUCCAUAUUCAUAUUCAUUUUCCACAUUUUUGUCUGUGUUUUCUUCUUCUUCUUCUUCUUCUUCACCACAGCUAUUCAAUGUGGGCUUUACGUCGAGCUUCUAAUCCUUUCAAGUUCCGGGUGUUGAGUUUAGGAGCUUCGCGGGUAUGCUGUUCUAACCCGGAGCCAAUUUCCGGCUGUUCAGAACGCAAUUCUGCUGUAUUCGAGUCUCUUCAAGCAGCAUGUGAGAGAUGCAGGUCUUACCACACCUCAAAUGUCUGUCCAAGCCUCUAUGUGGCGAGGCGUAGUCUGUCUUCCCAAGCUGGCGCUGAGAGCAGUGAAUCAGAUGAUGACUUGCAGGAUGGAUUUUCUGAACUGGAAGCACCCGCCGUUGAAGAGAGCAAUUCAGCAGGUGCAAAUGAAGAGGAGCUUGUCUCCGAACCUGAGCUUGAUGAGGAUGUCGAUGAUAAUGAACCUUCUCAUGCCUUGGAAAUGCUGGAUAACGAAGCUGAUUUGGUUGGAAAAACAACUAUGAGGAAACGGGUUUCCUCUGAACUGUUUAAGACCAUCAUUUCUUCUCAAAGUGUGCCUUUGAAUACUAUUCUCGAUAAGUGGGUGGAAGAAGGAAACGCUCUGGGCCGGUCUGAGCUCUCAACAACUAUGCUUAAUCUUCGUAAACGUCGAAUGUAUGGAAGGGCCCUACAGCUCUCGGAGUGGUUGGAGGCCAAUAAACAGCUUGAUUUUGGUGAGAGGGAUUAUGCUUCUCGCCUUGAUUUGAUUGCAAAGGUACGCGGCCUCCAUAAGGCAGAAACCUAUAUCGAGAAGAUCCCACAAUCUUUCAGAGGGGAAGUAAUCUACCGAACACUGUUGGCUAAUUGUGUGUCUGCAAACAAUGUGAAGAAAGCGGAAGAAGUAUUUAACAAGAUGAAGGAUCUUGAGUUUCCAAUCACAACAUUUGCAUGCAACCAGCUGCUGCUUCUGUAUAAGAGGCUUGACAAGAAGAAGAUAGCGGAUGUAUUGUUGCUAAUGGAGAAAGAAAAUGUUAAGCCUUCUAUUUUCACUUACAAAAUCUUAAUCGACACCAAAGGGCAAUCCAAUGACUUAGCAGGGAUGGAUCAAAUUGUAGAGACAAUGAAGGCGGAAGGGAUUGAACCUGACAUCAACAUUCAAGCAAUCCUGGCGAAGCACUAUGUUACUGGUGGCCUGAAAGAAAAAGCUGAGGCUAUUCUGAAAGAGAUGGAAGGAGGAAAUUUAAAAGAGCAUCGCUGGUCUUGUAGGCUUUUGCUUCCUCUUUAUGCUGCGCUUGGAAACGAUGAUGAAGUAGGGAGAAUUUGGAAGAUCUGCGAGUCAAAUCCUCGGCUUGAGGAAUGCACUGCUGCAAUUGAAGCUUGGGGAAAGCUGAAGAAAAUUGAUGAAGCUGAGGCAGUUUUUGAUAAGAUGCUGGCGACAUGGAAGAAGCUCUCUUCUAAGCAUUACUCUGCUCUUUUAAAAGUUUAUGCAGCCCAUAAAAUGUUAGCCAAGGGGAAAGAUCUGGUGAAGAAAAUGGCAGACAGUGGGUGCCGGAUUGGCCCAUUGACUUGGGAUGCACUAGUGAGGCUUUAUGUUGAAGCAGGAGAGGUUGAAAAAGCAGACUCUUUGUUAAAUAAAGCAGCGCAGCAGAACCAGCUGAAGCCAAUGUUCAGUUCUUACCUUGCUAUUAUGGAACAGUACGCAAAGAGGGGCGAUGUGCAUAACGCUGAGAAAAUGUUUCACCGAAUGAGACAAGCUGGUUACGUGGCUCGACUGAGGCAGUUCCAAGUUCUGGUGCAGACAUAUAUUAGCGCCAAGGUACCAGCUUACGGGAUUAGGGAGAGGAUGAAAGCCGAUAAUAUAUUCCCUAACAAGGGAUUGGCUGCCCAACUGGCUCAGGUGGAUGCAUUUAGGAAGACAGCAGUGUCAGAUUUGCUGGACUAAACAUUCCUUACUCUCAAAUAUCUAUUCAUGUGCAGCUCUCAUCCAUUUUUAUAAGUUUUUGGCACUCUCUUGUGUAGACAUUUUCGUUAGUUCGGCAGCUAGUUAUUCUGUUUUUCGAUCUUUUA